CUGGAACUGUCGUUCGUGACAAGCGAAUUCAACGAACAGUCUGUAGAAGCCUCAGCUAGGGCUCUGUCCUGUACAGUUCAGUGUUGCAUUCUUCCACAAUCGUGAAAAAUCGUACCAUUAUACUGUAAAUCCUUGUGUCCUUUUACAUUAAAUGCUUGUUUCAACACAAAUAAAGUAAAAAUAAAACGUGGCUUUAUCAUAUGGAUUGAAAGGAAGGAAGGAAGAGGUCAAGAUCAUAUAGGACAAUGUAUUGUGAAUUAUGGAAAAUAACAGCCGGCUAAAUGGUGCCGGUCGGAUCUUGAUCUUCAUAUUAGUGUCGUUUCCUGUUUUCGGAACGAGUCAUACGCGUCACGGUGACGGUACUAUUUUACGCGCUUCUGUAGGAUGUUCUCAACCGAAUUCGACAUUCUUAAUAUGUCGCAACAGGCAGUUGAGAGGUCUUCAAACGAUUUUGAACGUGGCCCGUGUCAGUUUCGAAAAUGUCACCGGCGAACAUCUAGACGCAAAAAACAUAGAACACCUCCGAUGGACUAACAGCGGAAUCGUCGAUAUCAAAAAAGCAAUCGUCAAUCCACAGUCGCUAAUCACUCUAGACCUAACCAGCAACAAUGUAACCAAACUACAAGACUACUAUUUCCAGCAGUAUACUAACUUAAAAGAAAUGAAUUUGUCGUAUAACGCAAUCGACGAUCUUCCCAGAUACGUUUUCGUCAAUCAGUCUUUGAGAAUCCUAGCACUGGCACACAACUCGUUACAAGCAAUACCUUUCCAAGUAUUCGCCCCCAUGCAACGACUCCAAAUUCUGGACAUCUCGUACAACCACAUCGUGGCCAUCCUAGACCACUUCUUCAAAUUCAACAAACACAUCGAAUUGUUAGCGCUAAACAACAACAAAAUCGCCAAAUUGACGUCGAACGCUUUGGCUGAUCUAUCCGAUCUCAGAACCUUGGACCUAUCCCACAAUUCGAUUAAAUCCAUCUCGAAAGGACUCUUCGAUUCACUUAAAAACCUAAAGUACUUAAAUCUCGCCAACAACCCUCUUACGAACGUCCCGAGUGGUACUUUCCGCGGCUUGACGAACCUCCGCGAAUUAAACCUGAGCGGCAACAAACUCAUGCAUUUCACCUUCGGACUGCUACACUUCAGUCCUGAACUAACAUCUCUCACACUUGACGACACCCACAUUGAAGAGCUCCACAACAGCGAACUCCUCGGCAUCGCAAAACUUGAAACCCUCCGCAUCCGAAACAACAAACAAUUGCGGGAAAUUGAAAACUACGUCUUCGCGGACACUCCUCGCCUCAAGGAGCUCGACAUCAGCGGGAACGCUCUCACUUUCUUGCCCAUAUCUCUUGCCAACCUAACCACGCUGAAACGCCUCAACAUUUCGGACAACCCGUGGGCUUGCGACUGUCGAAUGUAUUGGUUUGCGCCGUGGGCCGAGGAGAAGCGACACCACGACCUGAUCUUAUCCGAUUUGAGCUGCGGACCGUACGCCUACCCCAACGACAUGCUUCCGACUUUAAACCAUCUCAACUGCACCGGCCCGCGUCUCAAUUACAAAACGCCAACCAAGCAGUAUCGACUCAAAUCGGACGCUUUGCUGGAGUGUCGUUACACCGCCAACCCGCCGCCUUCCAUCACCUGGGUCACGCCCAGCAGGGAGGUGUUCCACUGGAACCCGGAUCCCGCCAUUCCCGACAUCUUCGAGAAGCACGCCCACGCUCACGACGCGCUCAUGAUCCCGAUUCGGGUGAUUCCUCCUCGGAUUCAAGUGCUGGACAACGGGACGCUUCUGAUCAAAAACGUGACGCGGAAGGACUGCGGCCGGUACACGUGUUACGCGAGCAAUCCCAUUGCUAACUUAACGGAAAACGUGCUCCUUCAUAUAGAUCCCACCGACUGGAAUAACGUCCGGAUUAUGAGUCUUAUCGUGGGAUUGCAAUGUGCGACGGCUUUCCUCGCUCUCACACUCUUCAUCCAACUUAUACGCUACUUGAUUAGAAGGUUUGGUAUUUUCAACAAUUUUUGCAGCUUUUGCAAGCGCGAUCGCGUGUCACCUCGGGCACGCCAAAUCUACGCCAUGCUCGACAACAUCGAGCAAUACAAGUCCCAACAACUGGAGCGACUUCGGGACAAUUACACUCAGCAGGUCAACAGGAUCAAAGAGAACUGCGCCCAGCAGAUGGAAUGGAUUCAAAAUAGUUAUCAGACUCAGACUAAACAUUUGAAAGAUUUUCGCGACAUCGGCUCCCAGCACUUGUCGACUCUCCGAGGCCAGUAUUGCGACCAGGUUAAAAAAGUCAGAGACUACUCGACCACGCAACUCAACUGGGUUAGAGAAAACUAUGUUUUCCAGAGGAACAAGAUUCGGAAAUUCAGUGCACAUAAGGUACUUCAGUUGAGGGAAACCUACAAGUACCAACAGCAAACCCUGAACAAAGUCUUGGAGAAUCUUCCGAGUUUGUAUUUCGAGAAUUGUCGCGCUGGUACUUGCGGAAGGGCGGAAUCUCUCGUCUUCGACCCGAACGACGUUGAAAGCAUCGACGUGUAUUUGAAAGCCAAGAUUGAAAAACUCGCCAAUUUGGAGGAGGUGACCAACACGGAUAUUACGCAAAGCCGCCAAUCGCUAUAUUACACGCCUACGGAACGAUCCUUAGGCUCGAGGAUACUUUCGCCGGGAGAUCCGCCGAUUGAAGUCUUCAUCAACCAUAUAACAAGCAGACCCAUGGGAUUACCACCGUUCGUCGAUGGACCAUCGACUUCACACGAAACUAUUACGUCCAAUGGCACUAAUAGGAGUAGUCUCAAGACGUCGCAUAGUACCGAAGAACUGUUGGCGAAGAACAGUUCUUGUGAUAUACAGUUGAGCACGAGUCUACCAGAAUUGUCGGUCGGGGACGUCGUUGAAGAUGCAAGCAAACGGCAUGAAACGGCUUUAUAGACUCGCCGCCUAGUUUAAUCAACUGCUGUGAUAAAGUGAGUACGCUAUCACAGUGUAGAGUCCGCUCCAUUAGUGCCAAUCUAUAGGAAGCUGUCAUUUUUGUUUUUUGUUUGUCGUGGCCAAAACAAUGAACGAAUUUUUUUUUCUUUGUACAAUUGUUUAAAUGGGAAUAUACUAGACUCAGUAUACCGAAGAACUAGCUAGUCAAGAAUAAAAAAAAAGACUGACGAUUCUUCAAGGAAAAAGUCGCGCCGCGCUCUUGUUUCUGGGAAAUGAUUUGCCGCUUCACGAAUAACCUUUCUUUUUUCAAUUGAUAAGUUUAGGGAAUAUUUUAACGAAGGUAAAAUUAGGUUUUACUAUAGCGCCAUGUACAUUUUUAAUUUUUUAGCUGUGAAUCUGUAAUUAAGAAUCAUCUCAUUAUGUAAUGUUUUGAUAGUGUAACUAUAGAAAGUUACUAUUUAUAUACCUAGAUUAACGACAUUCGGUGUUUUGAGUCCUAGACAUUGUUUAUCCACAUCUACUGCUGAUGAUUUCUACACUGGUAUAGGGAACGUUUUUUUAUAAGCGGGUACCAACUAAGAUACAACUAUUUUUAUUAUCGAAAUGUUAUUGUGAUUUCAUUAAGUGUUAAAAUUAGCAUGUAUUUGCUAUCUAUUAAUAAAAUAUUCUAAGAACUGUA